AGACGUGCCUAUUGAUAUAUUCACUAAAUUCUAAAUUUAACUCAUGUUAUAUGUAGACAAAAUCGCUAUCGAUAAUGUUCGGUGAAAAUAUUCGCGUAAAAAUGUCUGGCAAAUAGCCUUGUGAAGUGGUGUUAUGUGGAAGAAAAUUUGUUUGUAUAGUGAUAAAUAAAAUAUCGAGUUCGGUCAAAAUUUUGUCCAAACAACUACAGGACCUAAUCAAAACAUCAACAGAAUUAUAUAAGAAAACUUGUUUUAAUAUUUGCUGGGUCUGGAAACAGCUGAAGAAUGGCUUCUACACCAGAGUCCCCAACUCCGACUGACACUCCUGAGGAUACCCCCACACCAUCACCAGGUCCUCAAGAAAUAAACAAAUUCAACUGGCUCAAGCGUGCUCAGGCAGCUAGGAACAAUCCUUUCGUAAAAGCAAGACCCUCCUUAACACGAGAAAGUUCAUCAGCUGAGCUGUUUUCUCAAGAAAAUUCGAGUCCAGACCUAUUUCAAAGUUCUAGACUGAAUCUCUUUGAUACAGCACCAAAACCUGAGGCUACUUCUAAUGGAUUUAAAAAGGGUGUAUCCUUCAUCGGCUGGCAUCAGCGAACCCGGCUGGAGCGGGUGCUCAUGAUAGCAACCGCCGUGCUCUUCGUAGCAGUACUCCUGACCACCACCGUGCUGCUGACCAUGCGAGGACCUACUUAUCUGCCUGUGCCACCUUGCUAUCAACCUGAGAGCAAAGAUCAAGCGGUAUGCCUCAAAGGGUCCUGCAUAUACACGGCAAGUGAAGUGAUAAGAGCACUAGAUGAGACCCAGGAUCCCUGUGAAGACUUCUACGAGUUCGCCUGCGGAGGCUGGAUCAAGAACAACCCUAUUCCUGAAGGGAAAUCCAGUUGGGGCAUCUUCAGUAAGAUUGAGCUGCAGAACCAAUUGAUCAUUAGAUAUGCUCUUGAAAAAGUGAACAUCUCGAAUCCAGCGGAUGCGGAAGCCAAGGCCCGUAUUUACUAUGACGCGUGCAUAGACACCAAUGAGACCAUUGAGAAGUUGGGUGAGAAACCUCUGGUGGCUGUCAUCAAGCAGUUGGGUGGAUGGCAUAUACUGCCCAGUACCAUGACCAAACAGAGGUGGGACCUGCAGAAGUUGAUUCAGGAUGUUCAGAACACUUUCAACCUGGGUGGCUUAUUUAACUGGGCAGUAACUGAAGACGACCGGAACUCUUCCAAACAUGUUAUUGUGCUGGACCAAGGAGGCUUAAACCUCCCAACUCGAGAUAACUAUCUAAACAGGACGGCCCACAAAAAGGUCUUAGACGCAUACUUAGACUACAUGACUCGAAUAUGCGUUCUUCUCGGAGCUAAUAAAACCGAAGCUAGAGCCCAAAUGAAUAAAGUAAUCCUGUUUGAGACGGAACUGGCGAAUAUAACAACCCCUUCGGAAGAUAGGAGGGAUGAAGAGGGAUUGUAUAACCCUUAUACAAUAAGACAGUGGCAGAAAGAAGUGCCGUUUGUGAAUUGGACUAUGUUCUUCAAUGAUGCGUUUAAACUUGUUAAUAGGACUAUACCGGAUACGGAACGAAUAGUAGUAUAUGCUCCGGAGUACUUCAAAAACCUUACCAAAGUCAUAAAGAAAUAUAGCAGGACUGAAGAAGACCAAAGAACCCUAACAAGCUACAUGAUGUGGCAAGUAUCCCGCUCGUUAUCCACAUACUUGUCGAAAUCCUUCCGCGAUGCCACCAAGAUCCUGAGGAAGGCACUGUUCGGUUCCGAGGGUACGGAAGAAUCUUGGAGAUACUGUGUUACGGAUACUAAUAAUGCUGUUGGUUUUGCAGUAGGAGCCAUGUUUGUCCGCGAAGUCUUUCAUGGGGAAGCGAAGACUCAAGGCGAGAUCAUGAUCAACAACAUCAGGAACGCUUUCAAGAGAAACCUGAAGAAUUUGGACUGGAUGGAUGCAGAGACUAGGAAGGCAGCUGAAAUCAAGGCUGAUGCUAUUACGGAUAUGAUUGGUUUCCCAGACUAUAUUCUCCAUAAAGAUGAACUUGACAAACAGUACGAAGAGCUGGAAGUGAAGCCUAAUGAAUACUUUGAGAACAACAUCGCUUUCAACGUGUUCAGUCUCAAGAAUGACCUCAAUAAGCUCGAUAAACCUGUCAACAAGACUAAAUGGGGAAUGACACCAUCAACAGUAAACGCGUACUACACCCCCACAAAGAACCAGAUAGUCUUCCCAGCCGGUAUACUGCAGCUACCGUUCUACGAUGGUGAUAAUCCUAAGGGCGUGAACUAUGGUGCCAUGGGAGUGGUGAUGGGACAUGAGCUUACACACGCGUUUGAUGAUCAGGGGAGGGAGUAUGACAGAUUUGGUAACUUAAACCAGUGGUGGAACAACGCAACUAUAGCAAGAUUCAAGCAGCGAGCCAGGUGCAUUCAGAAUCAGUAUUCCAACUACUCGGUGGAAGGACAGCGGCUUAACGGGAAACAGACCCUGGGUGAAAACAUCGCGGACAACGGAGGCCUGAAAGCGUCUUUCCACGCCUACUUAGACUACGCCAGAACUGCCAAAGUAAACCUCACUCUCCCGGGACUGAAGUAUAAUGAUCGACAGCUGUUCUUCAUUUCAUUCGCACAGGUAUGGUGUUCAGCAAUGACCAAGGAAUCCACAAAGAUGCAGAUAGAAAAAGAUGACCAUACCAUCGCUAAAUACCGCGUCAUCGGACCCAUUGCCAAUCUGAGGGAGUUUUCCGAACAGUUCCAUUGCCCAAUAGGGUCUAAAAUGAACCCUAGGGACAAAUGUGAGGUCUGGUAAGGUCUGCACGCUUUGGUAUGAGCAUAGCUUUUGUCAGAUGGUAAAUGGGACGGAUAGAUCAUUAAUAUGAUGUCGAAUAUUUGUGGCCAGAAACCUAAUGAAUCACGGGGGUUUUUGAAAUACAUAACCAUAUACAGGAAAGUGCUGUUGGAAGUCAUAACGUUGUAAUCGCCAACACGCAAAAUUUUCUUUAAUGUGAAACCUAUUUAAGAACAUAAUUUAAUGUAUUCAGGCCUCAAUUUAAAACCGCAAUUACCAGGUUUCAAAUACAUUUAGGUUUGUCCGUUUCAUUUACCAAACUAGUCUAAUUUAGCACGGAGUUGUAAGAAUGGAGUGAUGCGCGAAUAUAACCGGUCCCCAUUGGACGAUUUCCGACAUCGCGUGAUAAAGGUGAUCCCUGAUUGGCUGAAUUUGUAUAACUCCGUAUUAUUUGAAGUUGCAACCCAAAAAUUUUGAUAUUUAUACCGUAUGUAUAUAUGAGCUUAGCUGUUGUGUAACACGGGUAUAUGAGUUAAUAGUACCUUACAAGUUUAUAUAGAACUAAAUGAUUUUGUACAUAGUGUUAAACCGGUGGUUAGAAUUUAAACACGGUACAAGCCUUGUCCUCAUCGGCUUAUGUAUACAAAAAUAUUUGAUUAGCUUGUGUAAUUACAAAAAUUAAUCGACGUUAAAGAAACACAAGCAUAUGAAGUUACGUAUAUAAAAAUAGCAUAUAUUUAUGUAUGCAAAACCGAUGGACAACGCUUAACAAAUAGUACAAUAGUUAAACAUAAUAAUUUGUUAACAAAUAGUUAUAAUUUAAGUUGAAAAGCAGCAGAUACCAGGUGUUACUUUGUGCCAAACAAUCACAUAAAAAAAAAACACUAAAGUUACUGCGUUCCGAUAUUACGAUUUACGAAUGUUGCAGUUAUAAUGUUAUUGAAUGUAAAUGUAUUGUGCGGAAAUCAGUAUGAAUAUAAAUUCUAAGUUUACAACUGGCCUCUUCUAAAAUAAUACAUACGAGCAACUUUGCGUACCUAUUAAUUUGAAAAGUACAGUCAACAACAAUAAAGUACGUACUAUUAUUUAUUGAAUACCAGAUUUAUAUUUUUCUAUUUUUAUGAGGUGUGAUUGAUUCAAAUGCCCCUCUCGCUGUGGAUGCAGCGUGAAAUUAUUAAAUAAAUAAAUAAAUGUUCCUUUUUAACUCCUUUUAAUGUGCCUGGGCCACGGUAUUUCUUUCGCACAAUCCCGCAAUUUUAUGACUGCAAGAUUUGUAUAAAUUGUAACAUUCUGCUACCACAAGGAUUUAGUAUGGAUAUAGCUGUAGGUGCCUGAAUGCUUUGAUUUGACUACAAAUCGAAUGACGUAUUAAAAACUGAUUGCAACGCUAAAGAAAUAGUAAAAAGAUUGAUAGAACAGAAUAGAAAAUACAGCGCAGUGUCAGAGAUAGAUAAAUCAUUACUAAUGUUAGAUAUGACCCUGUUUGUAGCAGGUAAUGUCUGAAACUACAAAACCGAUUUCUUUCACUAUAAAGUAACAUUGUUACGGAGUACAAUGACUAUAUUUUAUAAACAGCUAUAAGCAAAUAAAGCUAGUAUAAGUUCCAUAGUCUUCUCUCUUCAUCUUUUAUAUAAUUAAGGCGUAAACACACUAAAUAACCUUUUGUCAUUCAAAUAAAAAAAAACGGAUCUAAUUAAAUCUCGCAUUGUAUUCUCUAUUAUCUCAAGAAUGCUUCCUAGUUAUAUGAAUAUAAAAUAAUUUAAACUUAGUAUAUAUUUCCCAUGUCUUACUGGGAGAUCCAUUUUAUUUGGAUGUUUUAUUCUAGUUUCUGUUGUAUUGUUGUAUAUUAUUUCAAAAAGCCGGGGCAUUAAAUCAAGUCCAUUUAUAUAUUUUUUUACUUUUUAAGAAUUAUAUUUUAUUUUCUAAUGUACCUAAUUGUUUUGUACAUACAUUGUUUAAUUUUAAGUUUGUUGAUACGCGCAAUGUGUAGACGUUAAUGUACUUAUUAAGUAAAACGGAGUGUAAUUUUAAUAGUGCCAUCUCAUCUUUUGUUUUUUAAGAUUUGUUUUGAUCACUAGCUGGCGACCGCACGUGCGGUGACUGCAUGACAUUGGGCGUAGCUUAGCAUAGAUUUCAUGCAAUCGCGGCACGUGCGGACGGCAGUUGCAGUCGGCAGCUAGCAUUAGAACGUACCUUUACAAUGACAACUGUCUCGUUUGGCGACAAAAUAAUGCCCUCAAACUUAUGUCGCUUACAAUUUCCUGCAAUCGGAUAUGAAUUAUUAUUUAAGUAAAUACCUACGAUACGAAAGCUCGCGUGUUUUUGCGAGCCAAUUCAGUAUUGGAAUUGUAAGCGCCCAACGUUACGAGACGCAUAUUAAUUUUGUGGGCAGUUUUAUUAAAAAAUGCUGGUCAUUUGUUGAUGUUUAAUUAAGGAUAAUUCAUGCUUUAGUUUUAUCUCUGUUAGGUGUAUUUGUGUGAUUAAUAUAAGGAUAAUCGUGCGUGUCAGUGUUUUCUAAGGUACAGUCGGUGUCAAAAUUUUGUGUACAUUACAGUACAUUUAUUCAAAAAUAUAUUUUUAAUUUGAAAUUUGUACACGUAAGUACACAUGCUUUGAGACAGAUUGUACAAAAUACAUAUUUUUGUAUAUUUUACAUAAUCGAAUUUUAUGUUAUCGAUGUUUUGCUUUAAAAUGUAUGUUAACCAGUAGAUAGCUACAUGUGUGUAUUUUAAGAGCGGGAGUACAAAUAAGUGUGAGAUAUCUGAUGUUAUCCGGAGAGAGCUCUUUGCUUAGCUAAAUAAAUGAUCCACAGUUUAGAAAAGUGGAAUAUAUGAGCAAAAUUUUACUACUUUUAGAUUACUUACUUUUUAUUUUUUUAUAUAUAAAGCAGCCAAUCUAAAUAAAAUACAUAUUAAAACGGCUUAUCAAUGUCAUUUUACAUAUAACAGUAUAAUGGGUAAAUAUAUUAUAGUCGAGUAAUGUAGAAGUUUGACCGACUGUUAAAAGGAUGAUAUUGAAAACAGUGUAAAACCUUAAAAGAUGACAAUAAACUUCUUGUCUCUCGAUGUCUCCUUUAUAUAAGUAACGGUAAAAUUAAUAACUUUUGUAUUAAAGAUCAUGCAUAAUCCCAUAUUAUUGCCGUUUAUAUAUUUACACAUAAUGUUUAGGAAAAUAAAACCUGCAUUAUAAUAUUCAAAGUCACAUUUUAAUGCAAGAUCAAGUUAAUAAAAAAUAAAAAAGUUUGUAACCCAUUUUGUGUAAGUAAAAUAAUAAUUAUGUCUGUAAGAGAAGUACAUUAUUUUAGCUAUAAAAUCGAUCACAAAUAUUUAAAUCUUCCAUAGAGGUUCUAAUGGAUGAUACGAAAUGGUUUACUCAAGGUUCUAUUUGGGAAUUCUACAAGAAACGUAACAGCCUAAAUUCAGUGGCCGUGCCAUUUAAAAUUGAACUUAAAACUUGCUGGCCUAAUUAAAAACCAAUUGUCUAUAUGUAUAUUAAAGAUAUAUAAGGUCUUACCAUCUCUUAUCACCCAUUAGCACCUUAAAUUCCAUAUCAUUAGAUUUUCUUAGAUUGAGACCAAAAUAGUUUUAGCUACAUAUUUAUAAUAUCCACGCCCAUACCUGAAAUAAAUUAGUUACUUUUAGAAUUUAAAAUAUUACCUGAAACAUUUAAGCAAAUUAAUAUUACACAGUAUUACAAAUAAUAGGGAAGGUUUGUAUCUGACGGAAUAUGAGUCGCGUAACGCCAAAACAGGAGAUAAACAUUCAAUCGUUCACACCUAACCAUCAUCUCCAGAGCCUUUUCCCAACUAUGUUGGGGUUGGCUUCCAGUCUAACCGGAUGCGGCUGAGUACCAGUGUUUUAC